CUUUCCCUGGAACUAGUCUUACAAAAUCAAAUACAAAAAUUUAUUCAUUUUGAUGUUAAAUACUUGUUGCUUGUUUUAUGAUUGUCAUCACCACAUUUUAAGUAACUUAGGUAAAUAAAUUUUAUUACUGAAAAUAAAGUUACCCUAUUCACCUGAAAGAAGUAGGUUAUAAAUAUUAUGCAUAGUUCCGUGCCGUCUAUAGAUUGUGUGUUUACGAAGUUAAUUCCAUCAUGGCAACGCGUAUUGAUCGAUUACUCUAUUCUCUCUGUGGUCUGUGUCUUAUCUGGUGUACUGCCUGUCAGUCAAACAAAUCGAAUGAUUGCUAAAUCAGAAUAGAGUUAGUGAUUUUCAAAGGGUUUUAGUACAAACCCAAUUAUUGGCAUAUAAAAAUGAUGUAGUGUUUAAUAAUCGGUUGCAUUUAUUUCCAUGAUAUGUCGAGUACUUAAUCCCUCGUACUGUUAGCAUCGUUUGUGUCAUAAAUAAAUAUUCCAAGAUGGGUAACAUUAACAAAGACAAUAUGCUUUACAUGGCGAAAUAUUCGGCAUUUAACCCUUACCGUAUGCGCGAGAGGGAAAUGGGAUACAAUUGUAGUAUCGGAUCCAGUGAUGCGCUGGCGAAAAGUCUGUACUGUGGCAUGAAGCCCAUCGCGACGUGGGACUCGGACAGGGAGAAGGCUCCGCCGACUGGAGGCAUCUUCAACCUUGAAUUUUCCCCGGAAGGGACAUUGCUAGUAGCUGCGUGUGAAAAGAAAUCAAUUCAGAUAUUCGAUCCCCUCACACAUGAGAGGAUACAUGCAGUUAAUGGAGCCCACACGGACUGUGUUAACUGUGUCAAAUUCUUGGAUGCACGAAUGUUUGCAACAUGCUCAGAUGACACAACAAUAGCCCUAUGGGAUGUCAGGAACCUAAAGAAAAAAAUCCGGACCCUGCUCGGUCACUCCAAAUGGGUGAAGAACAUAGAAUUUUCCGUCAAAGACAAACUGCUGGUCACGUCUGGUUUAGACGGAAGUAUUUAUACUUGGGAUAUAAAUUCCUACACAGAGUACAAUCUUGUAUACCAAAGAGUGUUUCACACAUCCAGUCUGAUGAGGUGCCGACUGUCUCCGGAUGCUAAGCAGAUGGUGCUGUGCACUACGGGCGGUCUCAUCGUUAUUAUACAUGACUUGAAUUUAUCUACCUUGGCUCAAGACCUGCAUGGAUUUAAGCCAAACCUGUACCGGUUGAUGCAGAUGAGCCACCAGAUGAUACCAGUAGCCGCUAUGUACGACCAUUUGUUCGACUCCAAGAACAGAGAGAAUCGCGUGGAAUUCGUUUCCGACUUCCCCGAGGGCAAUGAUGCAGAGGUCGUCAGCGCUUUGCAGAUUCAUCCCCAAGGAUGGAGUGCGUUGAGUCGUAAUAUCAGUCACGAUGAUAAGUCAGAGUGGACCUGCAUCCACGACAUCCAGCCCAUCGCGUCGCCGGGCGACAAGGACACGCGCGACACUCGCGACACGUCGCCGGUGGGUCGCGGCCGCCGCCCCCCCUCGCGCCGCUCCCGCCCGCGCGUCUACCGCGUGCCACGCCCCAUGCAUCCCAACCCCAUGGCGACGACUCACAUUCAGAUUACUAGGGAGAGCGAGAGGGCGGCCGCGGGCCCCAGCACGUCGCGCGACGGCGUCGCGCCGAUCAGCCCGCCGCAGCCCUCCCGCCUCGGUCUGCCUGGUAUACAGAACGAUGUGUGGGAAGCUGCUAUCACUAUCAAACAACACAGAAUCCUUCAAGAGAUGUAUAACAGAGGCCAGGUGCGUCGUAACUUCAACAUGCAGCAGAUAACGGGUAUCAAUACGGGCAUUGCUCCGAGCUCCGCGCCUCGCGGUCGGAACUCUCGCCCCCCGCCCCUGCCGGCUGAUCUCGUGAGGAGCGCCGAGUUCCCGUCGACAUCGGGCUACACACCGUCGCCGGACAGCCCCUACACAAGCGAUGAGGAGCCGGCCACCAAGCACUUCAUCCGGCAGAACAAGAACCGUCUUCUAUACUACAUCGAGGAGACCAACGAAGGCAAAGGCUUUAUUAAGGAGCUGUGCUUCUCAGCGGACGGUCGCAUCGUGUGUUCGCCAUUCGGUCGCGGCAUGCGGCUGCUGGCGCUGAACAGCGACUGCGGCGAGCUGUCGAGCUGCGUGGAGGACCUGACGCAGCCGCGCGUCAUGGUGGAGCUGGGCCAGAGCCUGGGCAUCCACACCGACCUGGUCGUCAGCUCCAAGUUCAGCCCGCGCUACCACAUGCUGGUCACCGGCUGCCUCGAGGGCAAGAUCGUGUGGUACCAGCCCUUCAGCGGCGAGGCCGUAUAAGCCCGACCCGACCCACUUGGUUUAUUAGGAAUCCCGCUGAACUCAUUAUAAUGUUCUGCCCACCUGCUCAGCUUGUCGCAGUCCUCCCGGACGAUGACCUCCGAGCUAGAGUGACGAGAGAACCGACCUCUUCCUGCUCCAUAGCUAAGCAAGUAGGUUGGUAACCUUCAGUGUUGUUACCAUUAAUUUUGAGUACCUUUACAUGUUUAUUCACCGGACGAAGAGUAGAUGACGUGCACUUUGUCGCAAAUAUAAACGAUUACCGAAGUAGUCAUCGUUGGAGAGAGGAGCUCGAUGUAGAUUGAAAUUCCAAUGUUUUUUCUUACUAGGAUCAGUAAGGAACUAGGCCAUUUAUGCAUUUUAAAUAUUUGUAAUACAUAAUAAAUAGUGCGAUAUACUUAGUUAUUGAGACGUAGCUUGGCAGCUGUAGCGAUAGUGAGCCAGCUUAUAGUAUUGCGGCAACACAUGUAACAUAAAAAGGAAUUUAAUAAUAAGGCUGAAAUAUAGCGAUUGUAGUUGGAAUGUUUGUCUAGCUAUAUUCCCUAAUAAGUAUUACUGAAUCUCCUAGGUGAGACUGCCUCAAAGGCUCUGUGGCUUUCAAUGAAAGUGUUUUAACAUGUGUCUCGCCUAGCGAUGGUUUAGUAACAAACCUCUUGGAUUGACACAAAGAGCUGAGCACCUGCGCUGUUCAGGUCAUACAGUUACUUAAUAAAUGUAAUUUAUCAACCA